GUGACAAUUGUGGCAGAAAUUCAGAAAAAGUGCAAUAAAAAGCUCUCAUUUUGAUCAAUAGCCUGUACCCUUUUGUAAUUCGCAAAAUAAAAUCAGUUCUUGGAGUUUUACUGGUCUAAAUAUUGUUCAAUCUCUAGCUUUUUCAUAUUAGUUUCGUGGGCGCUGAUAGUAUUUUGAUAAUUUGCCAUCGUUUUGUUUCAAGUACCCCGUGAAAGGUAUAGUGUUGAUGGUGGUUUUGAGGAUUUUGCCUUGAUGAGCUGUUAAAGUUAGGUUGCUGUACUUUGGGGUUUAAAUAACUUGUUUUUGGGAAAUAAAUUGCUGUUAGUAGCAUUUAAUUUCUCAUGGAUUACCAUAGAGAUAGUGGAUUUUCUAGUGGAAAUGUUGUGCAAGUACUCUCUGGAAGUUCUGGAAAUGGGGUUGCUGGGAACUGGGGUCGAGGGUCAGUUGAUCAGGCUGCUUGGGCGACAGAAGAUGAUUAUAGGGUGUGGAAUCGGGAAACAUCAGUUGAGAUAAACUCAAAUUCUAAUUAUGAUGGACGGCAAUCCCAAUCAUUUUCCGGAGGUGAACCCCCAAAUAAAAAAUCUAGAAGUUCCCAAAUGGAGGAUUUGACGGCUUCGAGUCGAUCAAAGGCUAUAGGGAAGAUGUUCUAUAAAACUAAAUUAUGCUGCAAAUUUCGAGCUGGGACUUGUCCGUACGUGACCAAUUGUAACUUUGCACACAGUAUUGAAGAACUUAGGAAACCACCUCCAAAUUGGCAAGAAAUUGUGGCUGCCCAUGAGGAAGAAAGGGCAGCAUCAAUGGAGCCGAGGGAAGAAUUUCAGAUACCAUCACUUGUAGGUGGUGCAGAGUCUCAGAGGUCUUACAAAGGGCGACACUGCAAGAAGUUUUAUACUGAAGAGGGCUGUCCAUAUGGUGAUAAUUGCACAUUUCUUCAUGAUGAGCAGUCGAAAGCUCGAGAAAGUGAGGCAAUAAGUUUGGGUCCAGGUAUGGGGGGUGGGUAUGCUGGUAAUCCAACUGGGACAAAUUUGAAGCCUUCAAAUUGGAAAACAAGGAUUUGCAACAAGUGGGAAUUGACUGGGUAUUGUCCUUUUGGAAGCAAGUGUCAUUUUGCUCAUGGAGCCGAAGAGCUGCAUCAGUUUGGUGGGGGGCCUGUAGAAUCAGAAGUGCCUACAACACCCUCGGACACAAAGCAAGUAGCAGUGCCUUCAAAAGUUGUGGCUGAUGCUGUUGUUGGAUCUGUAACUCCUGUACCUCAUUCAGAUAGUUAUCAUGUUGGAGUUCCAGCUCAAAAGUUGUCUAAUGUGAUACAGAAGACUGGGCAGAAACCCCAUCUAAAGUGGAAGGGUCCAGACAAAAUCAGUAAAAUAUACGGCGACUGGAUUGAUGAUCUCGAGUAGCUGGUAGAUUUUGUCAAAUGCCCUGGAGAGGCUGGAUAUACCUUGAGUGUUAGGUUUGUGCUGGAAGCUUGAACUUGAGCCAUUGUGUGAUGGUUGUAGGGUACCGCAAGCCAAGCUUUAUCCUGAAAGUUCUUGUGUUGUGGCUUCAGUUAUGAAUAAGCUGCGUUUUGGUUUGUUCCUUUGGUCAGCUUAUAAGCUUUUUGGUUGAGCAUGUAUUCUAGCAUGCAGUAGCUGUAACUUUAGUUGAAAGCACUCUUGUUUGUCAAAUGUGUUCCUUUUGCUUUUCUG